AUGACUACUCGCAACCCUCCCCAGUCUUUUAUUUCGAGUUAUGCUCCACGAUUGCGCACAUAUGCAAAUUCACUACUCACGCCCGUCAUACAACCAGCGACAGCUGUUGCGGCACCACUGGGUCGGACAACCAAGAGAGGAACUACGGCAGUAAAUUAUGCGGAGGAUGGAUACGACUAUGAGGAGGAUGAAGAUGAUGAAAACAAGAGAAGGCCUACGGGUUUAAGGAGUUUACGAAGGGAAGAUACUGGACAAGCAAAGCAAGAUCCCGCAGACAAGGUUGGCAAGGAAGCUACUGCGCCAGUAGAGGUUCAGGGAAUAUGGAGAGAUUGGAUGGGCAAGCAGAGGCCUUUAAAGACCGACAUGCAAAAUUAUGCACAAGUAGCAUUGCCAUUGACGUUAAUCCCGAUUCGAAUCGACCUUGAUAUUCCUUCCUUCACGCCUCCUGCGCCUCUACCAGUUCCUGUAAAUAUUCAAGUCUCAUACCCUACGAUUGAUACCUCCCUUCCUGUAUACAAGCCGCAAGAGUCAACAGUGCCGUAUCGCUUGAAGGAUGUGUUUUUGUGGAAUUUACACGAGACAUUGACGACCACAGAUCAAUUCGCGCAAACCAUGGUACAAGAUUUGGACUUACCAAACAGAGGACAAAUGGCGGCGGAGAUCAGCAAGCAGAUCCGUACACAGCUCGAAGAAUACGCUGGUGUGGCCCUUCAUCCCCUCUUUCAUUCACAGCAAACGGCAACGGCAAACGGCACUGUAAACACCAUCAAACAAGGACCAUCAUCUCGGGAUGCUUCAAACACACCUGCUGCUGCGAGUGGAAAUGCCACCCCAAUGCGAAAUGGUAUCGGUCAAUCUAAUGGAUUUUCAACCCCUGCUAAACCUACCACUGCACAAUCGCAAGAUAUUACCGCCACUGCUACCUCGAUACCACCCGAUUCUGAUGAAUAUAACCCGGAUGACAUGUACCGUUGCAUCAUUAAUUUAAACAUCAACCUCUCGAAUCAUCUCUACACAGACAGGUUUGAAUGGUCAUUACUACACCCUCCAGGGACAGCUGAAAUUUUUGCAAAACAGACAUGUGCAGAUCUUGGAUUACCUGGUGAAUGGGUCCCGGCCAUGACUCACGCCAUCUAUGAAGCAGUUUUAAGGCUGAAAAAAGAGGCAUGUGAAAGUGGUGGUUUGGUUGGUGGUUACGGAGGAGAUAUACCCAAUGAUGCUGCACAUGGCAAGGAUGCUGGAUGGAGAUAUGAUAAUGAACAUCUAGCAGAUGAAUGGGAGCCAAAGGUUGAGAUCUUGUCGAAAGAAGAAAUUGAGAAACGUGAGGGAGAUAGAGAGAGGCAAAUUAGACGAAUGAGGCGAGAAACCGCUCGAUUUUCCUCGAAUUCUGGGAUGGCAGGCGGUCUUCCGACGCCUAGUGAGAAUAGAGGAUACUUUGAUGAGCCACCAGCUGAAGAACGUAUGGGACGUGGUGAGAGGAGUAAGAAGAAGAGACGUUUUAGAAGUCUUAGUCCAUUGGGCAGAUCUGGGACACCCGGUGGAAGAGGCACACCAGACACUGGUGGUAUUAGUGGGUAUGGUGGAGGUGGUAGUCUUACUGAGUUCGAGCGGAAUAGUUGGAGAUGCUCUCACUGCAAAGUCUGGGGAACAUCAGUUUGGUGUGUCAGGGACGGACCUUCCGGCCCAAGAACUCUUUGCAAUAACUGUGGAUUCCUGUUUGAACGAGAUCGCAAAUUACCUCGAUCGGCCAAGGAUCUGCACAGACAAGACAUCCGCUCAAGUGAUUACAGAUGA